AUGCAACAAGACAUUGGUGUCCUUGUACCAAUCAGUAAAAUUAAGAAUGCAGCUGCAGCAAGUAGUGAAGAAGACAGAUGGUAUGGUGGCCUUCGUAGUGAGAGGAUUCAAGAGACAGAAUACAGUGGUCAUGAUCAGAUCGAUUUGUAUGAUGAUGUCAUAUCACCAUCUGCCAAUAAUGGGGAUGCACCAGAAGAUCGUGAUUAUAUGGAUAGCAUGCCGCAGUCUGUUUCAGAUGAUGGUGGCAAAACUCCUAACUCAUUGGGCCCAAAUAUUGUAUAUACAUAUACUGGCAAGAGAAUAGCUUUGUAUAUUGGGAAUCUGACUUGGUGGACCACAGAUGAGGAUCUGACUGAAGCUCUCCAUUCAAUGGGCAUUACUGAUCUUUUAGAAAUCAAAUUUUUUGAGAACCGGGCUAAUGGACAGUCAAAAGGGUUUGCCCUCAUUUGUGUGGGAUCUGAAAGUUCAUCCAAAAAAUUGAUGGAUAUGCUUCCUAAACGAGAUAUGCAUGGACAGAAUCCUAUCGUCACACCAUGCAAUAAGCAGUCCCUCAGUCAGUUUGAAAUGCAGUCUAGAAAAUCUACUCAGUCUGGCCAAAUGUCAGGUGAAGGGAAAGCUGGGCCGCCUGGAGCUAACAGUCGAUUAGCAUUUUCUCAGAGUGGAAGAGGACGUGGUCGUUUCCCACCAUCUGGCCCUGGUGGGGACAGAUUCCCAGGGCCUUCUGGACCAGGAGGGCCUCCACCUUUUCCUGGGCAAGGUCCACCACGACCACCUCCAGGUCCUCCUGGUCCACCAGGCCCCCCGGGUCCGCCUCCACCUGGACAAGGCCUUCCUCCUCCAUUAGGUGGGCCACCAAAUCGUGGUGAUCGUCCUCCACCCCCAGUUCUGUUUCCAGGGCAACCGUUUGGACAACCUCCCAUGGGACCACUCCCUCCUGGUCCUCCCCCUCCUGUUCCAGGCUAUGGUCCUCCUCCUGGGCCCCCCCCUCCUCAACAAGGACCACCCCCACCACCUGGUCCCUUCCCACCACGUCCUCCAGGCCCACUUGGCCCACCGAUUAGUCUUGCUCCACCUCCCCAUCUCCCUGGACCCCCUCCUGGUGCACCACCUCCAGCCCCUCAUGUAAAUCCUGCUUUCUUCCCACCACCAACCAGUAAUGUAAUUCCCUCAUCUGACAGCCGUGGACCGCCUCCGUCAGAUCCGUAUGGUCGCCCUCCGCCAUAUGAUAGAGGAGACUAUGGACCUGCUGGCAGAGACAUGGAUUCUUCGAGGACUCCACUGAGUGAAGCAGAAUUUGAGGAAAUUAUGAAUCGAAAUAGAGCCAUUUCUAGUAGUGCAAUAUCAAGGGCUGUGUCGGAUGCUAGUGCUGGUGAUUAUGGGAGUGCUAUUGAAACCCUGGUUACAGCUAUUUCUUUGAUAAAGCAGUCUAAAGUAUCUGCAGAUGACCGUUGCAAAGUUCUCAUAAGUUCUCUACAGGAUUGUCUUCAUGGAAUAGAAUCAAAGUCAUAUGGUUCUGGGUCACGAAAACGUGAACGUUCACGGGAGAGGGACCACAGUAGAUCAAGAGAGAAAAGCAGACGCCAUAAAGAGCGCUCACGAAGCCGUGACCGACAUGAUGAUUAUUACCGUGAAAGAAGUAGAGAGCGGGAAAGGCAUCGUGAUCGUGAACGAGACAGAGACAGAGAGAGAGACAGAGAACGAGAGUAUCGUCACCGUUAAAUAGCUGUCUGAAGAGAAACGUCUCCAGCUAAAAGAAACAACAAAGGCUCUUCACAGAAAGGACUGCCCUUUAUCCAUCUGUUGGAAUUUCAUGGUUGAACAGGAAUUCUCAGGCUACGUGGUUAAACGGAGCAACAGUAACGAAUAAAGCAAAUCCACUGUAAUGGUAACUGAUUGCUCUACAUUUUUUUUAUGUUGCUUGAUUAACCAUUUUAUUUGGACACAACCUGUGACUUAAAAGUUACUAAAAGCUUUGGCAACUCUUCGUAUUCUAAGCGUUAGAAGUACCUGACAUGUAAACAAUUAAAAGUCGUUAGCUUCACUGUUUUUAUAGUUCUUUCAUCUUGUUACCAAAAUUGUUACAAAAAUAUUAAUGUUCAAAUAAUGACUGUAAGCAGCUCAGUUUCAGUUUAUCAAAAUAGAUGUACCAUUAGUGUUGUAAUAAACUGUUAAAUGGAGCCUACGGUUGUGUAGAUUAUGCAAGUUUUCAAAUUCAGUUUCUUGAUGUUGAAUCCUUUUGAAGGCUGUAUGUUUGUGUUUUAAUUUGAUAAAUUUCAAUAUGUGUAAUUUGCCUCAGUUAGUUCGGAGCUUGUGUUAGUCAACCUUCCAUUGUAGUUUUAAUGCAGAAGCAUCUUGAUGAUAAAAAUCCAGAUGUGGUUGAUUGGGGACUUUUUUAAACACAUUGACUUCACGUCUUGGAAUUAAAAAUAAUUCAGCAAUAUAAUCUGUGACUGCUUGUGUAGAAGAAAGAAUUUUUCCUAUUUUGUAUGUCAAAGCAUAGUGUGUUGGACAUGAAAUUCUGAUUUUAGUGAGGAUUUUUUUCCUAAAUCCUGUGCUAAUUGUUUUUAUCUGCCUCUGCUACCUCAACUGGGGAGAGGAUUGGUUUACUUAAAUGUACAGCAGUUGCAUUGUAUUUCAAUACAGACUAUUUGGGACUGCCAAAUACUUAAUUUUUUUUAACUAAAUGAAGACAGUACGAACAAGCUGAAUAUAGAAGUAGAAGCCCGUGUUCUAAGAUUUUGUUAUAGUAAUUGAAACUGAAAGCUCUGUAUAUGUUUUCAUUUUGUCUUGAGUUUGAAUUUGAAAACCACCAAAAUCUCUACACACUGCGUUUUACUUUGAACAGAUUUCUAGCUUGUUUAGAAGAUGCAGUUAAUGUCAAGUAUUUUUCUAUGGCCUUAGUUUCUGAAAAUUAGCUUAAAAAGGUGUCUAAAAACAUAUAUGGUGAAAAGGGCAGUUCGUGUAGAUUAACUUUUGAUGGUUUUAAUAUUCUUGUACAAAACCAGAACAAAACAAGGAUAGCACAGUUUCAACUGUCUGUAUAUUAGAACUAUUUUUGCACUGAAAAGUUUUUAAAUGUUGAAAUGUGAAACUCAAACACUGGGCAAAUACAAAAUGUGAAACAUUUUUUUUUAAAAAAUGCUUUGGGGCGGGGUUGUGAUCAGUCUGAAGCACAUUCGUCAGUUGCAAAAUGGUAUAUCCUAAGUCUCUAUAGUGUUAAAAUAAAAAUGAUGGUUCA